AUUCCAGUAUAAAACAUAAUUAUGAAAAUCGCCUGCGACAUCAGCUAGAAACAAUGGAAACCUCAAGUGGAAUUUGUAGAAUUUGCUCCUGUAGUGGGUCUCUUUCGGAAAAGCUAAUAUCAAUCCACAGUCGGGAUGGUAAAAGUGGACUCGUGAUAGCAGCCAUGGUCGAAGAACUGGGCGGUGUUAUUGUUUCCAGUGAAGAUUUUCGACCACAGGAAAUCUGCUACGAUUGUGUUCAGAAAGUUACGACUGGCUACGCUAUCCGCCAAGCGAUUCGAGAAGUAGAAAAGGCCAGCACCCAAGUGGUGGAAAUGCUGCAACAGGCGACGGAAGACGACGACGGUGCAAAAGAGGAGCAGUUCGUCGUGGGAAGCGAGAUAAAGCUGGAGCAGCUUCUUGAAGCUGAUGAAGACGAAUUCGGUUAUGAAUAUGAGUAUCUGGAGGAGGAGUAUCUGUCCGAGAAUACUGUUAAGGAUCACAACCACGAUAGAUCGGUGGACAUAUGCAGGAUAGAAUUUGUGGAUGUAACUAAUAGGACGAAUAAAAGGCUAGCAGAGUCUCCUACGGAGGAUAUGAAUCAACAAGCAUCGAAAAAGAACAACAUUGAACGUACGUACAAAAAGACGAGCUUCGUAAUGCCUAAAUCGGAAGUAGUUUUGCGUAAAGUUGACCACCAGAAUCACCUGCUGGUGGAAGUGAAAGGUGAUCGCUGUUGUGGGUGUAGUUUUGUCGGAAAGAAUCGAAAGGAACUGCUGCAGCACUCGGAUAGCGAGCACGCGAUUGAAAUUCUCGGGAGCGGCAAUUACUGUCCGAUUUGUUUCUACAAGUUCAACAGCGAGAAUACACUGACCCGUCACAUCGAUGAUUGCCGAUCGAAGUCCAUCUACGUGUGCAAGGCUUGUGAACGGUACUUUAACAGCCCGCGGAAAAUUGAAAUGCAUUUGGAGCAGUGCCAAGGACCUGAAUCGAGUUGCGUUGUGAAAGUAUCGUCGAGUAAUGAAGUCGAUGUGGAAUACGACGGUGAAGGAGACGGGUUCGAAUCACAAAUCUGUGAUGAAGACCAAAGCAGUGCGGUAGACGGUAGUGAAGACGAGAGCAACUGUGGCAGCGAUUGGGAGAAUAUGGUCGGUGAACUGGAAGCCGAAGGCCUUUUAAUGGAAUCCAGAGUUUCUCCUGAAAAGGCUAACAGAAAGAAACACAAAGCGGAGCUUUUGGAACAAAUAGAAGAUUACAUCAAAAGUUGCGAUGGAGUUCCUCCGAGUAAUAUCAACGAAAAUCGAGUGGUGCGGCGGGUGUUCUUUGAAACGUUUCAAUUCGUUAGAAUUAGUGGCGAAAGGUGUUGCGGGUGUACCUUCACUUGUGAUAAGCGAGAUCAAUUGUUCAUCCACGCAAAAGAAGCACACGGCAACCAUGAAGACAUCAGUUUUGGAUGCUUUUGCCCAAUCUGUUAUACAAAUUUCGAAAAUAACAAAGAACUAUCUAAGCACAUCAAUUGUACCACCAGUAAAUAUUUGCUCAUUUGUACGCUUUGUAAUGAAGCUUUUUCUGGGAAAAGAUCGUUAAAAUAUCAUCAAGAGCAUAGCGAAAAACACAGACAAUACGUCCUCCAACCAGAAUCCGCAGAAAAAGUUUUCAUUGAACUGAACGACGCUGACGUACUCAAAGCUAUCGAUCGGGAACUUCCAGAGCUUAACAGCAAGACUGGAAAUCGUGCGAGAGCGAAUAAUCGAUCCAUAACCAGACAUCGUCAUCUGAAUAUGCCGGAUUCGCAAUUCAUAAUCCACGUAGAUGACCAACAGCAUUACGAAGUUCUCACUGUAAACGGCGAACGCUGCUGCGGUUGCGGACAAUUCUUCGAGACUUACGAUGAGUUACUUCAGCAUGGACGAACAAUUCAUCUGGUCGAAAAUGCCGAAUCGCUCGGUGAAUAUCAAUGCGAUGUGUGCUUCGCUCGAUUCGAAUGGAAUCGUGGUCUAUUGAUGCAUAGAAGUAGCCGUAGGACCGUCAAUAAGCUGUUUCACUGCAAAAUUUGCAACCUCAUCUUCUCCAAGCAGCACAGUAUAAAAAAUCACCUGCUGCAAGCUCCCAAUCAUCUGUCCACUGUUGUUGUCGAAGACGAAGCUACGGGAAGCGAAGACCUUGAAGGCCGAAAACUAGAUUCAACUAAAGAAAAUUCUACUGCAAAACUCAAGCCAACCGAGCCCAAAUACCAUUGUUGCCUGGCGAAGUGUCCUGAGGAAUUCCCCAAUGAAGAUCUUUUGCUAGCUCAUUGUGUCGACCGGCAUGCGGGGAAACGAAGAGAAAACGAAGCCGAGCGCACCAGCCAACAGAACGUCUGUCCCGGUUGUUUUAAGGCUUUCGAAAAUACGACUUGCCUUGUGUGGCACCGUGUCAAUCGCUUCAACAAGCAGUACAUCUGUCGAUUCUGCGGACAAGUCUUUAACCGUUGGCCUACCUUCCGCGAGCACGAAGAUACAGUUCAUCUAGGAAAGAGCACCGAGUACCCGUGUGACAAAUGCGAAAAAGUCUUCCGAACACCACAGCGACUGAAAAAUCACCAGGAAACGCACUCCGAACAGAAGAAACAUGUCUGCGAUGUGUGUGGGGCAAACUUCCGGAACAAGGGUGUCCUGAAGCGCCACCGGCGAACGGUUCACGCCAGCGAAUAUCCAUUCGCUUGCCCGUGCUGUCCGAAGAAAUUGCCCACCCAGGAGCAGUUGAAUGCGCACACGCGGGUGCACACCGGAGUCAAACCGUACGCGUGCCGGUUUUGCGAACGAUCUUUCUCGCAUUUCACCGACCGCAAGAGGCACGAGAUGUCGACGCACACCGGAGAACGGCCGUACCAGUGUCCGCACUGUCCGGCGGCGUACAUCAGAAACCGGGAGUUGGUUAUCCACGUCCAGAAGCACACCGAUGAUGGUACGACUGCGGCAGUGACCGUGUCGGCGUGAAUGUUAGUUGCGUAAUUUAAGUUUAUAUUAUCACAUACUUCUAAUAGAUGGAGUUUAAAUAACUAG